GAGACGUUCAAGAAACAAGUGGAAGACUGUUGCUACGAUACGUGGAUUGCAAUUGUUUCACAGACGCCGGACAUGGGGUGGUGCUUGGUGCUGGCCAGCAUAAUGGCCUUGACUUUUGUCGACUGUGGCAGUCGUGCGGAGAGCAGCGAUUGGGCUUGGGGAAAAGGGCGAGAUCAGGGUUCCGAUGGUCACGUAACAGGAUCUCUAGACACGCUGAGCUCCAGUCAGAAUGUGAACGUGACGUCAGGCGUCGAGGUUGAUGAAGAGUCUCUGAUAGACAGCAUCGUAUCGUCGUCUCGACAGGGGCGCAUUCUACAGCAGGACGGUUAUAACCAAGUGGCCAGCGACCCGCAAGUGAGGCAGGCCAUAGAAGCUGGCAACGAUUCUGAGGCACGUCACUUCGUUCGAGAGAAACUCUGCAACCUGGGCCUCAUGGCAUGUGAACCUGGAAUCGAACCCAAGCGCCCGUACGUACAGCCCCACGAUCUGAUAUAUGCCCAGCCAGUCCACAUAAAGCCAGUGGGCCGUCCUAUCCCAGCAGUCCCAGUUCGAGGCCCACCAGUGCACCAUAUCGGCGGAUACGGGCCCCCUAAACCAGUACCCUUCCCCCCUGUCCCCGGACCCAUAAUCCCCCCUCACAGAUUACCACGCCCGCUACCAGGACCCAUAUACGCACCCAAGCCUCUAUCACCACCCGUAUACGAAUCAAUAGAGCCUGACCUCCACGACUACCAUCCUCAUCCACCAGUGAAGAAACCUGUGGAGGUCGUAGUGAAUUCUCAAGGUGGAGUACAGCAACAUGUGCAUCACCAUUAUCACCACGGUGAUGGUGGCGUCGUGAAGCCUACAGUACUGGUGGAUCAGCCUGGCCCACUGAUUCCGACGGGUCCUGUGUUUGAACCCGGUCCAGUGUAUGGUUCUGCACCAUUAGGACCCGGUUCGUCGCUUGGUGGAGGACCAAUAGGAACUGGGUCUCUGUAUGGUGGCGGACCAAUAGGAGGCGCUGUUUAUGGUGGAAGUGGCCCUUACUUGGGCCAAAGUCCAUUCUAUAAGAAGCAACUGUCUAUCAAAACUCCUCUAACAGGUAACGGUCUGGGCUCCACUGCUUCAUCCUCAAACUACGCAGACCGCUACCCCAUUUACGAGAACCCCCGCGCUGAUGGGGUGCGAGGCCUGGCAGACUGCUUCUGUGUUCCGUACGACCAGUGCCUUCCCCAUGAAGUGUCACGGAAAGAAGACGGGUUCUAUAUCGAUCCUCGCACCAACGGAGGGAAAAAUAUCGAAGCGAUUACUCUCGACGAUGUUGUCAUCACUGACGGAAACGGAACCAUCAUAUCUCGACACGCUAAACGAGAGAACGACGAUUCUAAAGAGUACGUCGUUGUAGAAUCUGAAGAUGCAGAGAAGAUAGAAAGUCGAGAUGAAGGGAAAACAGAUGAUAAGAAACAGGAAGAAGAUGUAACUGGAGAAGACAAGAAUACUAGGCGAAAACGAAGGGAAGUUGCAGCCAGCAAGGACAACGAUGGAAGUGAUUCAAAGAAAUCCGAUGUCCAGCCCCGAAUUUUCGGUGACGCGUCUAAGUACAAACUCAGCCCGACAUUCGGAGUGUCUUUCGGUCUGCCUCAUGGAGGAGGAGGGGGAGGUUAUCCUUUAAAUCCUUACGGUCCUUAUCCAGCUCUUAAUCCUUACGGAAGUUCAGUGGGAGGGUUAGGUGGCGUAAACUUAGGAUUAGUCAGUGUGAAUCCUUUGUUGUCGGUCCAGGUAACACAAGACGAAUACGGUGACAAAAUCGUGAAGCCUUUGGUUAACCUACAUGUUACCCCCAACCACGGACUCGUCCACAAGCUUGGUAGUAUAUUACAUGGUUUUCACCACAAACCGUAUUACCAGGGGUAUCCACCAUUUAAGCACGAUCACCACCAUCACCACAUACACUCGUCAAAACCGUAUCCCUCAUACUAUCACCCCUAUAAGCCUUACUAUCAUGGUGGGCCUUAUAAACCCAGUUAUCAUUACGCACCUGGUUACCAUGGUUACAGACCUCAUGAUGAAUACAUAGGAGCGUCAAGUGGAUAUGUUUAUGAUGAGGAUCGGUAUGACAAUGGGGACUACUAUGUUGACGACCCAUAUUCGCGCAACAGUAGGGGUAACGGGACAGCGAACGCCCUGCCCUCUACUUCCUCCUCCUCUGGCACCGGAAGUUCAACAAAGGUGCAGUUUCCCAGUGACAGACGCAGUGGUGUUAGCACCAGGACAAAGCGACACUUUAACCAUGACACAGCUCGACACAAUGAGGUGAACCAUGUCCAAGAGCGUCAAGCGAUUUACGGCGGGCGAUGUGGGCCCCGCUAUGUGUGCUGCAGGCGACCUCUGCAACCCAACCGACCCCCGUACCCCCAGAGGGGGCAUCAGUGUGGGACACGUUAUGCACAGGGCAUCAACGGUCGAAUCAAGAAUCCAGUGUAUGUUGAUGGAGACAGCGAAUUCGGAGAGUACCCAUGGCAGGCCGCCAUCCUGAAGAAAGAUGUCCAAGAGAGCGUGUAUGUAUGUGGCGGAACACUGAUUGACAAUCUCCAUGUCAUCACAGCGGCACACUGUGUCAAGACGUACAAUGGGCAUGACCUCAGGGUUCGUCUGGGAGAAUGGGAUGUGAAUCAUGAUGUUGAGUUCUAUCCAUAUGAGGAACGGGAUGUAUAUGCCGUCCACAUCCAUCCGGAGUUCUACGCAGGAACACUGUAUAAUGACAUCGCUGUGCUGAGACUCACACAGCCCGUAGACACUGCCCGUAGUCCUCACAUCGCCCCUGCAUGUCUACCUGAUCCCCACUCCGAUUACACUGGCUCCAGAUGUUGGACAACUGGUUGGGGAAAAGAUGCAUUUGGGGACUAUGGCAAAUAUCAAAACAUACUCAAGGAGGUCGAUGUACCCAUAGUAUCACAUCAGCAGUGCCAACUGCAACUACAACAGACUCGGCUGGGGUAUGAUUACAGGCUGCAUCCAGGCAUGAUCUGCGCUGGUGGGGAGGAAGGAAAGGAUGCAUGCAAGGGUGAUGGUGGAGGCCCCAUGGUAUGUGAGCGCGGUGGUUCCUGGCAACUUGUGGGCAUUGUCAGCUGGGGUAUAGGAUGCGGACAACAAGGUGUUCCAGGGGUUUACGUGAAAGUGGCACACUAUCUAGACUGGAUUCGACACAUUGUUAACAACAGAUAUUAAACUGUUGUCAAUAUCUGGACAAUAUAAGGGAUUUAAAUGCAAUGAAAUUCACUGGAAUAUGAACAAUUACUCUAGGAAUAAUAGGCACAAGAGGAGAUGAGUGAAACAAUGAAAGCACCCAAAAACAUAUUCACAAUAGUAGCUUCCAUAAUGCAUACAGGAGAACACGAAGGAAUGUAAUGUAGAUAAAAGAAUGAUUUUGGAAGUUUGUGGAUGAAGUCCCAAACACACAUUCUAAAAGCUUGGUGACUGUAGUUAAGACUACCUUUAGUAACACCGUGAAAAGUUUACAAAAAGUGUUUAUGCUCCAGUUUCCUAUCCAACGGAUAGGAUUCUGAAAGGUAAAGCAGCUGGAGCAUUAAGCUAACCACUCACCUUAACCUAGUGCCAAGGUUAAAAAUAUGUAGUGGUGUUUCUAACUCCACCAUUUCAUACAUCUUUGUUGCUUCGUGUUUAAAAACGGGAAUACCUACAUCAGACUUUUUCUUUAUUAAGCUCACUUUAUUUUUCACGGACAAUUUUCAAAGUAAUUUUAAUGAAUACCCUAGAUUAUAUAUGCAGAUAUAGCCUACUUAUGCAUAUUUUGUUUUAAUGUGAUUUUCUACAUAU